GAUGCACGCUUUGUUAGUUUAUAUGAGAAUGUCAAAGAAGAAGAAGAAGAAAAAAAAUAACAAAAGGCGAAAAAAGGUAUGCUCGGGCGGCCGCGAGGAGAGUUGCCAAGCACUGAAUAGAAGCCCGCGCCCAGCACACGCCCGCCAACCCAGGAUGAAAGUGAUGUAAUACUGAAAAGUGUGUAUAAGUGAAAAAGAAGAAAAGAGGAACGAAAGGAGGAGGACUUAAGAAGCGAUACACAGCGUCACAGGUCAAGAGAAGAAGAAGAAGAAGAAGAGCAGCCGCCGCUUAGCCCGCCACCAGUGUGCCGCGCCGGGAGCCGGAGAGUGAGUGGUCACCAUGUCCGAGCAGAACGGUGUGCAGCAUGGCUCGCCCAGUAAACGGCCGAGGAACGACGUCAAGAACAAAGUGACAGUGGUGCUCGGGGCCCAGUGGGGGGAUGAAGGCAAGGGCAAGGUGGUGGACAUGCUGGCGGGCUCGUCGGACGUGGUGUGCAGGUGCCAGGGAGGAAACAAUGCUGGGCAUACUGUUGUUGUGGACGAGGCUGAAUAUGACUUCCACAUCCUCCCCUCAGGAAUCAUCAACUCCACAGCCGUUUCUGUGAUUGGAAAUGGCGUGAUAGUCCAUCUUGGGCAGAUGUUUGAAGAGAUUGAAAAAAAUGAAGCAAAGGGUCUUAAGGACUGGGCAAAGAGACUUAUGAUUUCUGAUAGGUCUCAUAUUGUCUUUGACUUCCAUCAGAGUGUUGAUGGUCUCCAGGAACAGGAGCGAUCAAAAGACAACUCUGGCACAAAGACUCUGGGAACCACCAAAAAGGGUAUCGGGCCCUGUUAUUCCAGUAAAGCAGGGAGGCAAGGACUCCGCAUGGCUGACCUUUUGGGAGAUUUCAGUGUGUUUGAGCAGCGGCUGCGAAACCUCGUUGAUUCACACAAAAGGAUGUUUCCAGAACUGAAGGUUGAUAUUGAAGAAGAGGUUGCGAAGUACAGGGUGUAUGCAGAGCGGAUACGACCUUUAGUGGCAAACACAGUAGCUUACAUCCACAAAUGCCUUCAGGAGGACAAAAAGGUGCUGGUGGAAGGAGCCAAUGCUGCCAUGCUUGACAUAGAUUUUGGCACUUACCCUUAUGUGACAUCAAGUAACUGCAGCAUUGGUGGUGUGUGUACUGGCCUUGGCAUCCCACCCUUCUACAUUGGGGAAGUGUAUGGUGUGGUGAAGGCUUACACCACCAGGGUUGGAGUUGGUGCAUUCCCCACAGAACUGAAUGAUGACAUUGGGAAGUUGCUUCAGUCUCGUGGAGCCGAAUUUGGCGUGACCACAGGGAGGCCAAGGAGGUGCGGCUGGCUGGAUGUUGUACUGCUGCGGCACACCAAUAUGGUCAAUGGAUACACUGCCAUUGCUCUUACCAAGCUGGACAUCUUGGAUGAACUUCCUGAGAUCAAGAUUGGUGUUGGCUAUUUGAGAAAGAAUGGAGAGAAGAUUGAGCACUUCCCUGCAAACAUGGAUGAACUGGCAGACAUUAAUGUUGAGUACCUGACAAUGCCAGGUUGGCAAGAAGACACUUCUCAGUGCCGCACAUAUCAAGAACUACCUGUAAAUGCUCGCAACUAUGUAGAAAAGAUUGAAGAACUUGUAAAUGUACCAGUUAAAUGGAUUGGUGUUGGUAAAUCAAGAGCCUCCAUGAUCACUGUAUUCUAGAAGGCUGACACCUUCCGUUGACACCUUGGGACACCUUCAUAUAUCAGAAGAGCCCUCCUCCCGUCCAUUAUGAGACCAUAUGAUGUUCGACACACAACUUGGAAUGUACCUGGAACAUGUCUUGGACAUAUUUGAAAUAUAGUGUUGUGUUCUCUGAUGUACAAUAUGAUUGUUGAGAGAUUAAUCAGUUAUUGCUGUUUGAGCAUCAUAUAAUGAUGUUGGGUAAGGAAGAGACCUGUAACACUACCCAUCAAGUAGUCUUUAUGGGUAUGUACUAUUUUGCAUGUAUAGACAUUUUUAAAUAAUGUUGCAGUCUGCUUAUAUACAACAUGAAAAUUAAAGAUGCACAUCAGGUGCAACUACUUAAGCAUCAUGCAGCCGUGUAUGGAAAGAGAGCUGUGACAGCACCCAAGUAACCUGUAUAGUUAUGUAUCAUUUUGUAUCAAGAGAUAGGAAAACGAUUUACUGUUGUGUGGGUGUUCCUGUUAACAUGAAACAGUAUUCACAAAGGACAGCCAUAUUAUGUUAGCUAAAGUAUUGCACUAACUUAUGUAUAAACUAUUAGUCUGGGGAAUGGUAAUUUAAACAUUUGCCUUAUAUUGAAGAAUUCUCUUGUUUUUGGUAUUGGUUAGAAUACUUCAAUAGCAUUUGCAUUUUCUUUGUACUGGGUUAUAUAUGAAGUGUUUUCUGUGUGAGAAUAAAUGAAUAAUCUUU